GCAGCCAGGAUCUAGGAUGGUUUCCACACAGCCUUCUUUUUGUAGAUACAUAGGUCGUCGUGGGGCCUCACGAGGCCUCACGGGGCUGCACUCCGGCUGUUGGCUCUCCUGUCAGUUGUUGAGUGGAGAACCUGCGCUGGCACUGGCCGAACUGGGCUUCCAUGAGAGUCGGGCAUCUCUGUCAGUCACUGUGACCCUUGGACAGUUAGGCGGCCGGAGGUGGGUGAGGCCUCCCAAGGUGGCUGUCCGGCCUGAGAGGCCCCCGGGACCAAUUCUGGAUCAGGUUGGAAGGCUCCCUGAGAGCCAGCUCACCAGCUAGUCGGUCAGUUCACCGGAGCCUGUCUCUGUAUUCGUCAGCCUGCCACCAAGUGGGUCACCCGGUCAGCCUGAACAGCAGCCAGGGGAUCACCAAUCUGCCAAUAAGACCGCUCCUAAGUAGGUCAGUCAUCCAAAAGUCAGUCCUGCCCUUACCAAGUCUGGAAAGGUCGCUGCAUCUCUUGCACUCUGCUUCGGAAAUAUACAGACAGAGGUGUGCUGAGGUCAAAGAACCGUCUGGGGCCCUUGGAACCAGAGACAAAGCCUCUUCCAGGUAUUCAUCACAUCACCCCUUCUGAACCAGACAGCUCCAGUUUCGGGGUCAGCUGUGGUCUAGGCCCCGGGCCUCUCCUGUGCCAAGAACAACUGCUGCUUCUCAUGGCGCCGCCAGGGCUCCUGCUGGCCCCCACCAUGCUGUUCGAUUCCUCUUGCUCCUUGAAGAAGACUCUGCAGUGCAGCUGUUCCUUCCGUGGGACCCCCAUGCCCUCCGUGCGGUGGCGGGUUGGGGGUGUUCCCGUGGCCAUGAACCGCACAGGCUUUCGGGUGACUUCUACCACGCUUGGCCCCUGGGCCAACAGCACCAUCCAUCUGACCAAGCCACCUGAAACGGGCACGAGCCUUCUCUGUGAGGGCAGGAACCCAGAGGGAACCCACGCUCUGACCAUCCUGCUGAAGUCAGGAAGGAGUCCUUUGGUUGCCCAGACUUUCAUGAAAGGGCUGAUUCGGGGUGUGUUCUAUGGAGCCAUCGGAGUCACACUGCUCUUCCUCUGCCUCGUCCCACUCAUAGCGAAACAUAUCAGAAUGAAGCAGGCAAAGAAAAUUGCAGCAAUGAAGGCAGAAAAGAGCCCUAAAAUCAGAGGCCGCCAAGGACUUGAGACAUCUCUAAGGCCCAAGGAACCAGGAAAAUCCAGAGUCACCCCGUCUCCUGAGCAGCAGAUAUUGGACCCAUCACCCCAAACUUCCAAGACGAGCAGGAUAAACUGAAGCUGACAAAGCCUGUGAAAACAACAUUCAUACCUGAAGUCCCCAUCACACUUGGAGUCACCAAAGCCCAUAGAAUCCUUAGAGACCCCAGGAACACUGGAGUCUACAACAAACUUGGAGCCCCCAGAGUAUCCUCGGCCCCCGAAGCCCUCUCCAGUCCCACCUGCCCCCUCACUGGUUAUCCAUUGAAUAGGGUUACCUUGACCUGGUCUUUGAACCCCUGAAAGCAAACUACAUGAUAUGUUUUUUGGAUUAGCCAGAAGACAGGUGCUCCAUCCUGGGAGCUCCUUCAAAAGAAGGAGAAAUAAACAUGAGACUGUGAAAUAUGUCCACCAAGAAAUAGUUUUUGAGCCCCUAUUAUGCACCUAGUGCCUGAAAUACAUACACAAGAGCCAUCACACACACGGAUUGGAUCCUUGCUUGAAUGCUUAGUGGUCAUGUCUUUGGAUUCGAUCUUUUGCCAACCCCACCCCUUCUCUUUGCACUUGAGUCUCCUUACUUGAGGUGUACCUGGGUAGAAAGUGAGUGAAAAGUGGUAUUGAGAGAUGUAGGAGGAGAAACAACAUAAAAGCCCUGAAUGCCAUCACAAGACUUUGGGACCUUGUCCCAACUCCCUUAAAUGUAAGUUCCAUGAAAACAGGGGUCUUAUCUGUCUUGCUUUCUACUUGUAUCACCGGCACCAGAAUGGUUCCUGAAAUAGGCUUUAAAACAUGUUUGUUGAAUAA